AUGGAAAAUGUUAAAAAUGAAUUGGAUAAAUUAAUUAUUAAAACAAAUGAUGAUAUUAAUAUUGAAAAAACUUAUAGUUUAAUUAAAUUUAAUAGAUUAUCUCAAUAUCAAGAAAUGGAAGAGAUUGAAGAAAUUAAAGUAAAAACAUCACAAGAUCAAUCAAGUCAAUCAACACAAUCAAUAGAUUCAAUUGGUGAAAGUGGAGAAGCAAUAUUAUACAAUUUAGAUAGAGAAAUUCAAGACUUGGAAUCAAAAUUAAAAGAUUCUCAAUCAGCUUUUGAUAAUGCUGAAAAGUCAUAUCAAGAAUUACAAUCAAAUCUUCAUUUAAAAAACAAUCAGUAUCAACAAUUAUUAUCACAAUUUGAUAAAUUAAAACAAGAAUUUAAUAAUAUUAAUUAA